CAAAACUUAAUUGAAAGCUUAGCGCCUUUAUCCUUUGUCUCCAUACUCUCAGUCGUUCUGAACCCACCUCCGGGCGUCCUGAUCCGAUAACUUUUUAGUUUUUUUUCGUCAACUUGUUGGUAUAUACUUGAUUGUUUCGGGUGAGAAGAAGCUUGCCUUUCUUCCGAGCAUCUCCAUUUCUGAGAACCCGAAGGCCCAGUGAUGGCUAACUAUCUUCGAGGUGUCUUUCCUGAUGAAUUUUGCAAAUUUGUCGAGGGACAUUGCGUUACAUAUUGAGUUGAACAAUGCGAUAAGGAAAUAUAUUAUCUCUCUUAUGGAUGGCAGUAGUUCAUCAGAUGACGAGUCAAGUAUUCCAAGACCUAUGUUCAAUAGAGCAUACACUGGGCAACAAUAUGUAGCUAAUCUUCUUUCUGGGCAUCCAUUGCAUUCAUAUGAUUGUUUUAGGCUUCCAUCUGAGGCAUUCCAUCAAUUGAAAGAGUUGUUAGUCAGCCGAGGUUUGCUACAGGAUACGAUGUACAUGUUAGCAGAUGAACAGUUGGCCAUAUUCCUAAGAGGGAUCGCGUAUGCACAAACUUACAGACAGUUGUGUGAGUUCUUCCAGCAUUCCCUUGAAACAGUUAGUCGGUACUUCAAGAUAGUGUUGCGUGCAAUAGUUUCAUUAUCUGAUGAGUUAAUUGAAUUUCCAACCACAGAGGUAGAAUGCCAUCCCUUUCUACGUUCAAACACUCAGUUCUACCCAUUCUUUCAAAAUGCAAUUGGAGCCAUAGAUGGGAUCCACAUUCCCGCAGUUGUUAGUAAACGAUUGCAUAAUCGAUACCGCAAUAAGAAAGGGUCCACUUCUCAAAAUGUAAUGGCCGCUGUCUCAUUUGAUAGGCAAUUUGUCUACGUUGGGUCCGGUUGGGAAGGUUGUGCGACUGACAUGAGGGUCUUGCAAUGGGCAAUGGAGGAGGGGGGCUUCAAAGUGCCAGUUGGUAAAUACUUCUUGGUUGAUUAUGGAUAUGCAAACACAGAUAAGCUCAUUGCACCAUUUAGAGGAUAUCGAUAUCAUUUCAGUGACUACCAUGCAGAAACAUCUUGUAGGUACUCUAUUAAGCAGGAGCUAUAUAAUCAUCGUCAUUCACAAUUACGUAAUGUGGUGAAGAUGACAUUUGGUAUAUGGAAAGAGAGAUUCAAAGUGUUAACUCACAUGCCACAAUUUCCUUUAACAAUUCAGGCAGACAUUGUGCUCGCUUGUGCAGUUUUGCACAAUUUCAUUGGACGCUAUCAUGGGCACGAUAUGUACUUCAACAUGUUACAAACUGAAAUGCAUCAUAACAGUGAUCAUGAUUUGGGUGAUGUUCAAGUCAAUGAUGAAGACCUAGAUAUGUACGGAAGAAUUGGAGAGAGAAUACAAGGUGACUCCUUGAGGCAUUCAAUCAUGACAAAUUUGUGGGAAGCACAUGCAACAAGUCAACGACGUCGUUCAAUUUGAUAGUUUGCAAUGCUUGGAUCAACACGAAGAAAAGAAUGCUUAUUUAUCUAUAGAUUUCAUUAGUAACAUGCAAUGCUUGGACCAUCACAAAGAAAACAAUGUUUAUUUAUCUGUAGUUUUCAUCUAUCAUGUUUGAUAUUGUUAACACUUUUCAGAUCUUGAGUUGAUGUAUUCGUAGAAACUCAUUGUUUAACAUAUUUUUUG